GGCGCGUGUCGUGAAGGCGCUCCUGUAGCUCCCACCAGGGCCACACAUGCCAAGUGCCAAUACCACUGCCACCAGAAGGCUAUCAGCUUAUGCAAUUUUCUGUCCACGAGCUUCAACAAGGGCAACCAAUUUUACUAACUAGGACUCCAGCACAUACACCAGUACUCUUGCUUGCUCUUUGGGUAGGAGGCACCAGCAAUGUCAUCAGCUGUAGUUGCAGGAACCACCUCCACUUCUUGCUUUGCCACCUUCAGCAAGAAUCACUCCCUUAAAACUACCACACCUACAUCUACGAAAUCAUUCAUUUCCUCUCAUUACCAGAAAAGCAACUUUCAAGGCCUAUCACUUCAAGAUGGCAAAAGGGGUUGCUCGGAUAUCUUCAUGCCUAACAGCAGCUGCAGUACUUUGAUCAAUGUGAGAACAGGGCUUCAGGUCACUGCCAGAACAGCUGGGGCUGCAAAGACAAUUGAGGUUGAGGUUGACAAGCCACUGGGUCUCACUUUGGGUCAAAAGUCUGGCGGUGGUGUAGUCAUAACUGGCGUAGAGGGGGGUGGGAAUGCAGCCAAAGCAGGGCUAAAAUCAGGGGACCAGGUGCUCUACACUAGUAGCUUCUUCGGGGAUGAACUUUGGCCUGCUGAUAAGCUGGGGUUUACUAAAACUGCCAUCCAAGCAAAGCCAGAUUCUAUUUAUUUUGUUGUUAGCAGAGGCGCAGAAGUAGAUGUCAAACGACUGCCUAAGCGUCCUGCUCCUCCCCGCUUUGGAAGGAAGUUGACUGAGGCUCAGAAGGCUAGAGCAACUCACAUAUGCAUUGAUUGUGGAUUCAUAUACACCUUGCAGAAAUCCUUUGAUGAGCAGCCGGAAGCAUACGUAUGCCCACAAUGUAGAGCGCCAAAGAAGAGAUUUGCACGAUAUGAUGUGAAUACUGGAAGAGCAGUUGGUGGCGGAUUGCCUCCUAUCGGAGUCAUCAUUGGGCUAGUGGCUGGCAUUGGUGCAGUUGGUGCCCUGCUUGUUUAUGGCCUUCAAUGAGGCAGUUGCUUAUUAUAACCCAAAUCUUAUCUCCAAUUGUUUUUUCCUCACUCAAAUUCUACUGUCCAGUCUGUUUAAUCGUAAACAUCAGAUGUGCCAUUAGUAUUUGUGUU